AUGACUGUGUCCUAUACCGCUGAGGUUGCUACCUGUCAGCGAUGUGGCUGCUUCUGGAAACUGUUGGCCAGAUGGCGUGCAAGUAUCUAUAAAAUAAUUUGGUUCGACCUGUUGGUGUUUCUAUCAUGUUUCUAUGCCAUGGCCUUGUUGUAUCGCAUGAUUCUAAAUGAGAAUGAUAAACGCUUUUUUGAAGAUCUUGUGCGUUAUUGCCGCAACCAUGGAGCUCUCAUACCGCUCUCCUUUGUGCUUGGUUUCUAUGUGGCUAUCAUUGUGGAUCGCUGGUGGAAUCAGUACAUAUCGGUGCCCUGGCCAGAUCCGCUGGCCGUAUAUGUGAGCACCUUGGUACGUGGCCUCGACGAACAUGGACGUCUCAUGCGGCGCACUAUAAUGCGCUAUGUUUGUCUCUCUCUGACAAUGGUCCUUACCAUGAUAUCGCCGGGAGUUAAGCGUCGUUUUCCGACCUAUGAUUUCCUCGUGGAAGCUGGUUUGCUUAAUAGGAAUGAAGCGACUAUUAUUGCGGCUAUGGAUGAAAAGUUUCCAAAUCAUUUCAAAUACUGGAUGCCUAUCAUGUGGGCAUCCAGCAUUAUGACACGUGCUCGCAAGGAGGGUCGCAUUUGGGAUGAUUUCUCACUCAAGUCGAUGAUCGAUGAACUGAACAAGUUCCGAUCCGGCUGCAAUAUGCUCAUCCAUUACGAUACGAUCAGUGUGCCUUUAGUAUACACUCAGGUGGUAACCCUGGCGGUGUACACCUACUUUUUGGCUGCUAUCUUUGGACAUCAGUAUAUAGAAACCCAUGAUGACAGCUUUAACAAUGUGAUCAACUAUUAUUUUCCCGUCUUUAGUACGCUGGAGUUUUUCUUCUUUAUGGGCUGGCUAAAGGUUGCGGAGACUCUGAUUUGUCCCUUUGGCGAUGAUGAUGACGACUUUGAUCUCAAUUGGGCGAUUGAUCGCAAUCUGCAGGUUAGCUAUUUAAUUGUGGAUGAGAUGCACAACGAUCAUCCAACUCUGGUAAGGGAUCAGUACUGGGACGAGGUCUUUCCCAAUGAGCUUCCCUAUCCAGAUGAGUCGCAACGUCAUGCCCCUCCAGAGCCCUCCACAGCUAAAUUGGACUUGUCUAAAAUCACAACCUCCCACAUACCCAAAGUGGCUACAACAACUACCACCGAUGAGAUCGAUUUUACGAAUUUCGAUGGCGAAGAUGGCGAAUCCUAUGACAAUGAACUUCGCAUAAAAUUUGCCUCUCGUCGUUUUAAUAUCCACCGUAGCUCUUCUUCCAUUUCCUACGCAAACUUCAGUCAGCUUGUGUCCAGCGAGAGCCGAGGAGGAGAAGAGGAGGAGGAGAUUCUGCUGCCAACUCGAGAAACCAGCAAGGAUGAUUUUGAUCGCUUGAAGGAGGAGCGCGAACGGGAACGUCACGCGAGGCAACUGCAACAUGCAGCUUUGGCACUUGAUUUGCUUAAGGAGGAGCUCCAGAAUCCCACAGAUCCGCCCACUUCGUCAAACGAUCCCAAUCAGUCCUCCUCAAGACCUCCAAUUAGAACAUCAGUGUCCAAUCAUACACAAACAGACAAAAGUUUCGUUCAAAGCAACAUCAAUCAGAAUCGUGAAAAAGAUUCUUAAAUGAUAUUCUCUGAGCUUUAAACAAAUCGAGAA